CGCUAUUAACCGCAAAAGCUGCGUUUGCGGGUGGUAGCGGGAAUGUGAGUCACCCCCUUAAACGCGAUAAUAUCUCCAACGUAAAGCGUUAAAACUGCGAGUGUAAAUGUGAAAAAGCCCCCGUUUCUCUGCCUUGCCUUGUUGCGUUUAGUUUACUUUACACUACCAUCUCCCGGAGUCAAGAUGCAGCCGCAGAGGCUGAAGAAGGCGAUAACUGAUAACUCCAAGAAGCUUGGGAAUUUGAUUGACCUCGUGAACCUUCCAUCUCCUCUACGUGACUUCCUUGGUCAAUCUCAGAUUUCUCGUCUGGGUUGUUUCAUGCGUGUAUGGUCUUAUAUUAAGACCAACAAUCUUCAGGAUCCAAAGAACAAGAAUGUGGUGAACUGUGAUGAAAAGCUGAAGAGCAUUUUGCUUGGGAAACAGCGAGUGGAGCUAGUUGAUCUUCCUUCUCUUAUCAAGUUACAUUUCACCAAGACACCACCAAAGUCGAAUUAGAGCUGAAGAGCAAUAAUGUGAUCUUGCUUGGUAGUCGUUUCUUUGUUUUCAUCUCUGUUAUAAUGUGGUGAUCUCAGAGUUUCUGUUUCUCUGGAUCGAAUUUCGUUUCUGUAUUCUUUUGUAAACGGUUUCAAAAUAUCAUCUUAACUACUUACACAAACAUA